AUGCUAUUCAAACAAGAUGCAGUGCGCAGUCUAUCCCCAUGCUGGAAGUCUGACGGUGAAGAAUUCUGGGCAGGGAGGUCUAUCAACACCAUCAACUCUAAUGCUCGAGACGAGGACUUGCAGCAGAAUAACGUUUUUGGCAGUCGCGCCAACCUGGAAGCGGAAGAUUUCACCCAAAGCGUCGAUUACCUCGAUCUUAUGAAGGACGUGGAGAAAACAUAUCGCGAACUGACGCCUAUCCCUCCUGCUAUGCCCGAGACUCAAACCUGGAAUAUUGAGGCAAAGCAAUUCCUCCACUCUGGUCAACACUUUGAUCCCCGUCAGCUCAAUCCAGCAGCUGCUUCGGAAAUUGGUCAAAUCGGUGGAGGCCACCAGGACCAGCCGACUGCAGAACGACCACGGUUGACUCUUUCAGGUGAUGAACUUUUCCCAGAAAGUCACGAGCCUCCUACUGAUCAACAGAAGCCCGAGGCUGUGGAAGGGAAUCUUAAGCCACCACCAUACAACCCUUCCGACCAUGAAGAAGUGGAUCCCCACCAGCGCAAUAGAUCUGCUUCGAGUAUCAACCAACUGGACCAGGAUCUUGCAGAGAAGUCAUCGUUGGCAGCAUCAGCAGCGUUGGCAGCUGUUGUCGAGAUUUACCUCUACGAUGACGAUCUGACACCUCAAGACAUCAUUCUUGGUCGAGGUGGCGGUUCGAACCCCAUAAAAUCAGAAGGAAACCGCCGUUGGCUUGACAUCAUUGCUCCAGCUUGGAAGCUUAAUUACAAGAAACUCACAAGAAAGGACGACAAGAGUCGUUUCGCGAAAACGUUGAUCUUUUGGCUCCGAUCUGAAAAUUACAGGUUUGUGGAACCCACCAAGGACUCUGCUGGACAAAAGUGCUGGAUCGAAGUCCGCCACGAGGACGCGCGUAUCUACAACAAGGUGAUGCACAAAAUGCGAUGCACACACAAAUAA